AUCAACGAAUCAGCUGUUCACGUCGACACUCGACCUUUUAAUACGAUCCGCUCUCUCGCGACUGCCGACCGCAGAACAAAACGGAGGCUUAAAGUACAAUUGUAUUCGACUUGCUUUCCGUCGACUUGACGUCCGUUGUUUUCCCUCUCGUAUCUGUCCUACGGUAUAUUGCUUAUAAGGAAUCGUGCCAGCGUCAGAGGACUCGGAGAUCGAUCGCAUGCCGCUCCGACGAAAACAAAAGUUGUUUUUCCCAGCUUCUUCCUCGCUGACACUUGUUUCGCGAGUCUAUCUCAUAUUUUUCCUCCAGACCGUAUGCUUACUAGUCGCUACAUACUACAUACAACAUCCCCACCGCACACACGCCCACGCAUAAUCGUAUACGUCGAUUAUAAUUGCUAUUGCUAACACCGGGAGCCAUCAAGAGGAGGCAGUCGCCACUACAUUAGGUAUAUAGCCAAGUAAAUAGUAUCGUCAUUGAAGAAUGAUCAAAAUAAGCACUCCAAUCAAUUUCCAGAUAUUUUUUUCAUCAUUUAUAAAAACUACAAAACUGAAGGUGUCAUGAAUAAAAUCAAGAUAUUAAUUAACAGUCUGCAGCUAACAGUAAAUGAAAAUUUAAUUUUUCAUCAAAUUAUCAAAGAAUUGUUCCAUGAUGUCCUUUCGACUUCGUUUAGCAAGAACAAGGCCUGCCAUUAGAUUAGUUCAGGGUAUUGCUCUAAAGUUUUGGGCAUUAUCUGGAGCAUACCUAUUAUUGUGCUUCCUUUUGUAUUGGUUGUAUGGAAGUCUUUUUGCAUUUUUGUUACUAUGUUUUGCCACUCUAGGUGUGCUGUAUAACGCAGAAGACCAACUUUUAUAUUAUCCAAGAUUGCCUAUUAACUCACGAAUUUAUGUACCUCCUCCUUCUCUGCAUAAUUUACCAUACCAAAGCAUAUAUACAAAAUCCUUAGAUGGAACAACACUUCAUAUGUUUUUCAUUCCUCAAUCUGGAGACUUGAUCAAAAAGGCACCAACAUUACUAUUUCUUCAUGGCAAUGCAGGAAACAUGGGACACAGGCUAGAAAAUGUUAAGGGGCUGUACAAUAAUAUUCAUUGCAACAUACUUAUGAUAGAGUAUAGAGGAUAUGGACUGUCACAAGGUUCUCCAUCGGAAGAAGGACUUUAUAUGGAUGCUCGUGCUGGGAUAGAAUAUCUUCAUUCUCGCAAUGAUAUAAAUACAAAUGAAAUAAUUCUUUUUGGGCGAUCUUUAGGUGGCGCUGUUGCGAUCGACAUAGCUAUUAGAGAUGAAAUUUCUCAACGAAUCUGGUGCCUUAUUGUCGAAAAUACAUUUACUAGUAUACCAGAUAUGGCGGCCAUUCUGAUUAAAUUUAAAAUAUUACAAUAUCUUCCACUGUUUUGUUAUAAAAAUAAGUACUUGACAUUAAAUAAAGUUCGGUCUCUAUCUGUACCUACACUUUUUAUUUCUGGAAGACAAGACAAAUUAGUUCCCCCAAAAAUGAUGGAUGAACUUUUUGAAGCAUGUGGCAGCUCUUUUAAAAGGAAAAUUCAAAUACUUGAUGGCACACAUAACGAAACUUGGAAUAAAUCAGGAUAUUAUCAACAAAUGUUGGUAUUCCUUGAAGAAAUCAGGAGGAAUCCUCCUACACGAACUGCUUCUAAACCAUGGCGCAUUGAUGAGGUUUAAAUUAAUUUUUCAAUACAAAAAGUUCAUUUAAAACUAAAGGCUAGAAGAAAUCUGUUAAAAUGCAGCUAAGGAAAACUCGUUCAAUAUUUUAAUUUUUCUACAAUUUCAGUAUAAAGUUUUUAGGUAAAAACUCAGUUUUUAUUUCAUGAUUUAUUUUGUAAACCUUCUUUCAGUUCCAAACAUGGAAAGCAAAUGUUAUAUAUUAUCAGUGAGUCUAACAGAUGUAAUAUAGUUAGAAUUGAUAUUUUUUUCUUAGCUAUAUUUAUAAAAAAAAAAAGUACUGUACAAUAAGAAAAGCUGUAACACAAAGACAAACACGUCAAACAAUAUUCUAGUUUCGAUAUAGUUGUACAAAAAUACAGUGAUUACGUCCAACGUACUAAUUUAAUACCUUAGUUAAAAUCCUCUUCGAGGCCAAUGUAACUAGCGCGCUAUGUCAAAUAAUAUGUAGAGUGAAUGUAUACUUCUGUAUACAUGUAUAAAACCACUGUGAUUUAGUUAGCACAAUUGUAAAAAGGGUAACUAAGAGAAGAACAUUUUCUUCCAAAUAACUCAAAUAAUGGUUUUUCUACGUCACUUUCGUAUGACUGGUCAUAAAAUUCACUUGAAUAAUGUCAGCAAGCAAGUUAUGUAAAUCUAGUACUUUUUAAUUUUAUUGUAUUAUAAUGAACUUGAAUGUCUUAAUUUAUUUUUAUAUAAAUAUCAAAACUUGAUUCAAUACUUUACGUAUACAUUUAACAAGCGUCAUACGUUUAUUUGGUCGGGUAAUAUUCGACUACUAUUAUAAAUAAUGCAUAUAGCCUGUCACUUGUAUUUUUAGGGUAAAUUUUAACUAAAAGGUUGAGUUACCAAAUGACUCAAACUAGAUUAGAUUACAAAAAUCAAUUUUUUACCAUAAAAAGAUCUUGUACAAAAAUAAAAAAACUUGUUCUAUUUUUUUAUAAUACUUUUACAUGUAAAACCUAUAAACUACUCUGUACUAA